AUGCACCAGACUAGCUUUGUGUCCUGGUGUGAUACAGUCAAAGAAGGGAGAUGUCUAUACAGUGAAAAGCGUGGCAACGGGAUCGGGAUCGUAAGCGAGGUGGCCAUGUGGCGUCGGCAGACAGAAAGCACACAGUGGACAGGAAGUGGGGUGGCCAGGCUAAGAAGUUUCAAGGCCCACCCCAGUGUUCCACUUCCGAUAGUGAGGCUUCACCUGGACCUUGUAAAACACUCCCAGCUGGAGCUGUGGGCGGCUCCCCCCAUGCCAGUCAAACGCGAGGACGGCCCUUUCACGGAGUACCAGGCUUUCUCUCGGCCCCGGAAGAAGUCCUUCCUGUUCUCUGCGCUGUAUGCUGCCUUUAUAUUUGGUGGUCGGCAUCUGAUGAACAAGCGAGCCAAGUUUGAACUGCGGAAGCCACUAGUGCUCUGGUCGCUGACUCUGGCCGUCUUCAGUAUAUUCGGUGCUCUUCGAACUGGUGCUUACAUGGUGUACAUUUUGAUGACCAAAGGCCUGAAGCAGUCAGUUUGUGACCAGGGUUUUUACAUUGGACCUGUCAGCAAAUUCUGGGCUUAUGCAUUUGUACUCAGCAAAGCACCCGAACUAGGAGACACGAUAUUCAUCAUUCUGAGGAAGCAGAAGCUCAUCUUCCUGCACUGGUACCACCACAUCACUGUGCUGCUGUACUCUUGGUACUCCUACAAAGACAUGGUGGCUGGGGGGGGCUGGUUCAUGACUAUGAACUAUGGCGUGCAUGCCGUCAUGUACUCUUACUAUGCCUUGCGGGCUGCGGGUUUCCGAGUCUCCCGGAAGUUUGCCAUGUUCAUCACCUUAUCCCAGAUCACUCAGAUGAUGAUGGGCUGUGUCAUUAACUACCUGGUCUUCAACUGGAUGCAGCAUGACAAUGACCAGUGUUACUCCCACUUUCUGAACAUCUUCUGGUCCUCACUCAUGUACCUCAGCUACCUUGUGCUCUUCUGCCAUUUCUUCUUUGAGGCCUACAUCGGCAAAAUGAAGAAGACAACGAAGGCUGAAUAGUGUCAGAACUGAGGAGGAAGACAUAGCUCAGGGUCAUCACGAAAAAUACUAGACAAAUGAAAAUGGCACAAGGAAUCACAUAUGGUGCAGCUAAAACAAAACAAAACAUAUGUAUGUGAGCAGACACAAAACCCGAGGCAGCUUGGGAAUAAUGAUUAGUUUGACUUAACCCAGUAAGUUUAUGAUCCUUUUGGGUGAGGACUCACUGAGCGCAUCUCCAUCUCAAAGUACUGCUGCUGAGGGAUCCCUCCCCUCUCACCUGUCAACUCUAGAACACACUUGAUCCAAAGGGAGCCACAGGCAGAGAGAUUAGUGGAAAACAAGCAAAACACUACGGGAAGAGAGGGAAAAUCGAUUCAGCGUUAUUUUUCUCUAAGGAUAAAGGAGUUCCCCUUUUCACACUAUGCGAGCACACACACAGAGACACAAUCCUUUCUAUCUUUUCAACAUGAAACCAGAGCUGGUAGAAAAGAUAAACAUGGAAGAGACACAGGGUUUCUAUCUAGAACAGCAAUGCUUUCGCAAAAAUCAAGACCUUUUAAAGAGAGGUUAGCUUGUAGCCCCUUGACAAAAGAUGUCUUAAUUAUUUUUACUGCAGCUGAAAUUAAAAAGAUAGAUAUUUUUCCCCUUCACUGCACAGCCUCAGGCUACUGAGUUUGCUACAACCAAACAGAGGACAGUACUUUCUCGUGAUACUUUAUUUCUGGGACAGUGCAAACAAUGCAUCCCAAAUCCCAAGAAGGUAGUUCCACAGCAGACCUUGUAGUUGAAGCGUCACAUUGACAACUGGUUAUUUCUGCUCUUUGGUGAGAUAUGAAGCAUUUGUUCGGUUGCCCCAGGCUUUAGGACAGAAGAGUAAAUGCAGAAUUGAAAGGAUACAAGCUCAACCAGUUGACUUGAAAAUGGAAUCUUGUACUAUCUGUAAUGAAACUCAGCCAAUCAGCACUGAGCUGGAAAAGGGGAAGGACCAUGGAAAGAGACGAGCUGAAGAUUGAUCCAGGAGACAGACAACACAUUCUCCUCCCCUCCUUGUUUGACUUCACGCAUACUUCUGGCUUUCCAAAUGAGGCCCAUGACACAGUCCCAUGCUUUCUAUAUUUCUGUGACUUUCAGAAACAGAUCUGUGGGGCUCUGCCUGAUUUGGGGUAAACACUGUGUUUCUGCAUCCUUCUGCAUUUGUUCCCUAAGCAGUGCAGAGGUGUGUGAAGUGCCCUCUGCUGGCCGAGUGAAGAACUUCAACAAACACUUCAUAAUAGGUUGAAUAUAAUAGUUGAGCACAAAGGGCCUGUGUAGGUUAAUCCCUAAGUUUUAAGUGCUGUCAAACACCUGACAUACAUUUGACCAAAUCAGAAAAGAACCUAUCUACUUCAAGUAAACUUCAUCAAUUUUUAAAGUGACUUUCACUUGGGAACUCGGAAAGUCAAUGUAUUAAGAGCCAUAUUUAAAAAGAAAGAGAAAAGAAAGAGAAAGCUAGACAAUGUUAUCUGUAAUAUUUCAGUCCUCUACAAGCCAAAUAAAUGUGUCGAUGUUCCUAAUAUUUCAAAGAUGCAAUUAUGUAAAGUUGUUCAAUGUGAUAUAAUAGUAUUCUAAUUGGUUAAGUAGCUUAAUGAUUAGGCAAACUAGAUGAAACAAUUAGAGGCUACUACACUGCGUAGAUUUUACACUCAUAACCACAUUACGCACAGAAGGGUGAGGUACACAGAGCUGCAAAGCCCAAAUGAAUAGUAACACAAUUUUUGGCUAGCAGAAACUUUCACUUAGCUUCCUUUACUUGAGACUGUACAGUAAAAGGGAUUUUUUUCAAAUUAUUUUUAUAUUAUUUUAGCUUUAAUUGUGCUGUCAUUCAUGAAACAGCUGCGUAGCCUUUCUGUGAGAUGGCAUGGGUGUUUUCAUCAGCUUGUUGAUGUGUGGAAUUAGAAAAGAAUAAAAUUUCAUUCCAUUCUGUGUGAAUGGGUUAAACAGUGAACAAAGAAUCCGCGUAGGUCAAGUCGUGACUGUAGGAGGAGGCUAAUAGCCAAGCUGGACUGGGGGCAUCUGUUGCACCCGUGUUAACAUUGUGUGGUGGCUUCAUGUUGACUGACAGAUGAGAUAUGAUUGGAAGGAUGCAUUGUUGUUAGGACAGAAGGUAUAGAGCCACCUCGUCAAGUGGAGUCUUGGGAUGUAAUUGUUUGUGCUUUGUCAGUGCACAGUAGUGUACAGUAAUAAGCCUUUCCCUUGCCUUAUAGAACAAAGUGAGCAAAAUAGUGAAAAUGAAGAAGAGGCCACCUGUCGGCUGACUUGAAUCUAAUCAGGGCCAGCCUGAGGCUCAUCUGGUUGAUUCAGUUUAAUUCAGAUAUUUAUCAUAGAAUACAUGUUACAAUAUGGAAACAAGCAUAAACUUUAAAAAGACUAAGCUUUGCUUGCUGAGCUCUUUAAUCUUCAUGUUCGCUUCAUGCUGUGUUCACUUAUAAAAUAACUUAGACUUUCUCAUUUGCAGGAUGAAUAUCUAAUAAAUAGUUUCUAAACCAGCUAAAUAUAUCUAACAUUUCCAGUGUUCAUCAUGGGAAGAAAAAGCCACAUUUUUUUUUAAAAAAAAAAAAAAAACAGAUUUAUGAUAUAGGCUCAGCACACUGUUUUUAACAAACCAGCUUAGCUGCUUUAAGUCUUAUCAAGAUACGAGGCUGGACCACUGGCCUAUGACACAUCUGAAACCUGCCAGAGAAUCGACUGCCACGUAGAUAAUAUUGCUGUCAGUUAACAUUCCGGGCAAGCCAGUUUUUUAGCUGCCCCACUAUGCUGCAAUAGAUUAUCUUUCUAUUGAAGAUUUCUCACUGCGUUCCAGUCCCAGUGUGGUUAAAAACAUUAUUCCUGGUUUAAAUGCAAACAAAUCUUGGUUUCAUAUAAAUGUGGUUUCCUUCACUAGGUCUGAGCAUCAACUCAAAUGUGUGAGUUUGCAAUGAAAUUCUAGUGAGAAACAUUUCAUUCACAGUAGGAGAUUUAAUCUGGACCUUGUAGCGUCGCUUAUGAGAAAAGAACAACUAUAACUAUUAUUUAUUGAUCGUAUUUAUAUCUGAUGCUGGGCCCAAAGUAUUGAAUUAAAAAUCACAGUUCUCAACGUUAUUAUUUCAGGCAGUCCCGUGUCAUCCCCUCCAUUCACCCCCACCCCAAAUUUUUCUAAUCCUACUUUACAACAGAAAUUUGAGGCUAGAGGGAAAACACAUGCAUUGCUUCAGGAGGAAGCAGAUUUGUUUUGUCUCUAGCAGUUUUCAUCUGUAUGAUGAGACCUAGCUCAUGCUGGAGCCUCAUGUGGCAGAAAGUCUACAGGAGCCUAAAAGAACUCUUCCAGGGACGAUACCCACAGAUUGUUUUGUUGUUGUUUGUCUGUUUAAGGUCAAUUAUAUCUUGGUGAUGAGAUCAAUCCUGUCACAUUAGAGUAAAAAGCACUAUCACACUGGGGUAGAAUGUUCCAGAAGUCUGGCUAUAUUCCCAAUCUGCUCUGUUACCUAGGAAUAUCCGCUUACUAUCUUGUUCUGAUAGAAGGAGCUCUUACUCCACGAGAGUGCCAGGUACAGACACAAGUGAGCCCUAGCACAUGCUGAGAGCCUUUUUCAGGGAGAUGUAAUGAUCCUUGGACCAGCAUGGGACUGCACAAGUCUCAAGCGAGUUCCUGGGAGAAUGGAGUAGACCAAAUUAGACUCCACCCCUGGAGUUCUGAGCUUUGAGUUGCAAGUGCAGGAUCCUUUCUCUGGGAAAGGUGUCAGUCCUGGGGGGAGCCACAGUGGGUGAGAACAUCAUGAUGAUAGCCCAGAGCGUUCUAGCCUUCAAAUGUGUGUCUUUUUUCCGAUCUUUGUUUUGAUAAUAAAUAUUCUGCUAUCAGUUUGGGACAAUUGUA